CAGCUUCUUUCAUGCAAUAGGCAUAUGUGUGCAUAUCACAUGUGCCACCUUGAUUGCCAUUGGUUGAGAGAGCGUCUUUGCAUGUUUCCAGCCAAGGAGUUUUAUUUUUAAGCUGAUGUCCUUUAAUCCAUCAACACUUUCAAUUAUCAUUCCUGUGACCGCACCGAAAGAAGAAUGAGUACCAUGAAAAGUCCCAAGCAACUAGCAGACUCUUGUCUCCCCUCCUGCACGGGAGAAAUCUCGACAAGCAAAGACAACCCUGGAAGCUUAAGAAGGCUUCUUCCACUCACUCACGGCUCAUCCGUUCUGGCACAGCGACUGUUCCACCUCCAGUCAUACCACAAUCCGCUAUUACCCAAUAGACGACGUAAACGUGAGAUGACUCCCACUGAGAAAAAGGACGCUUCAUAUUGGGUGAAACGGAAGAAGAACAACGAGGCCGCCAAGCGUUCCAGAGAGAAGCGACGACUCAACGACUUCAUGCUGGAGGGGCAACUUCUGGCACUAAGCGAGGAGAAUGCCCAGCUCCGGGCCGAGGUGCUGAGUUUGCAGUAUCACAUGGGGACUGGGCGAGGUUUGGACGUCAAUCACCCCACUGUGCCCUUCCACUCUCCCAUUUCAUCCCAUCUCAAGCCUUCCAUGUGGGGUUUGCCUCCUGGUACUGCUCCUCUUCCAGCAGAAGCUCCAGAGCUGUACCACUCUUGGCAUGGCUCAUCUCCAUUCAUCUCGCCCCUAAGAGUGCCUCCUAAAAGUGCCAACCUACCAUCACAGAUUAGCCAUUUGGACAACAAUGCUGACCCAGUAGAGGCAGACACAGCAUCUCACUCACAGGUCUCUUCCAGCAACGACCCACCAAGACACCCACAACGGUUUCCAUCCCAUAGAGCAUCUGCAGCCUCACCACCCCCUCCUCAGCCGCUGCCUGGGUUGAGCCAGUCUGCCACCCAACACAGCAAUCAGAUGUUACCUUGGGGCUCGUCUUCUUUGCGUCCAUCUCCCCUUCAUCCCAGCUGGCCACUGUCCUUCCCUAUGUCACUACGAGACACAGACAGCUCUCAUAAUGGCGUAAGUUCCCUCUGGAACUUCAACAGCAGGUACUGCAUGCUGUCUGCUGAGAUCUCAGGACAGCUCAGAAGAAUUUUUUGCCCGGAGAACUCUUAGCCAACAAUAAUGCUGCCUGAACAGUUUUACAUUGUGAUAGUAACCUGCUAAAAGGGAUCGUUCACCCAAAAAUGAACUGUAGAUUUAUUCACCCUCAUGUUGUUCCAAAGAUGUAUGACUUUUGUUCACUUGUAGGACACACAUAUUUUUGUGUUUUUUUUUGUCAAUUCAGUAAAAGUAACUGGGUUCCAUUGUUGGUUUUGGACCUCACUGACUGUCAUUCUAUAGACAAAAAUAGUUCUUCAAACUUGUGUUCCACUAAAGAAAGAAAGUACCCAGGAAACAACAGGGGGGAUCUGUUUCUUUAAGGUAUUAGCUGUGCUUCAUGUAGUGAUGUGC